AUGCCAAGCGCAAGUUUUCAAGUAAAAACGAAUAUAAAGAAAAGCACAAAGACAAUCAUAGAUGCCAGUGCUCUUACAAAAGAAUCUAUUAAUGGUGCAAAAGUUAAACGAGCAGAGCAAAACAAAACAAAUGAAAAAGAAAUUUUACUUAAAAGACAAGAAGAAUUACAGAGACAGAUAGAUGAAAAUUCAAGAAUCUUAAAAGAACUUGAAAAUACUCGCUCACGACUUCAAAUGGAGCUUGAAAAUAUUCAAGGACAAAAGUCUAUCACAAAUAGAUCUAGUACUCAUUCAUCAGUCGCCGAUAAAGAAAUCAGAAAGUGGAAAGACCUGAAAGAUAAUGCAGAAGCAGAAUAUAACAAACUUCUUUCAGAUUUAACAAAGAAAGGGUUGUUCGUUCGCAAGUCAAGAGAUUCAGUACAUGCAAUACCUCAACCAAAGGCUCCUUAA